UUUGUUGUUUUUAUUUUUGCCUUCUAUUUCCACAGUACUUUAUUUAGGUGCCAAUUAUAUGAGUAGAACUGCCUGUUCUAUGUACUUAAUGUAAGGCAUCAUGGAUUGUGUGAUGCCACAUUACUUUAUAUAUCAAUAAGAUAAUGUUUAAAAUGUUGCCAGUUAUAAUUGUAAUAAAUAAUGAAUUGUAAACAGUAUCCCAAUGUCAGGAGAUGCUACUAUAUAAGAGAAUAGUGAGAAAAUGAGCAUCUGAGAAUGAUUGAAAUACAAUGAUACAUCUAAUCUUUAAUAGAUACCUCAAUAUAGAUAUGAUUGUAUCAUUUUACUUAAUUAAAAUGUCUUUAUAAGAAGUAAUAUCUAAAAAUUAUUGAGCUGUUAUUUGUGUUAGGAAGUGUUCUAAAUGCUGUACAUAGAUUCUCAUGUAAGCAUCACAGCAGUGUUCUGUGGGAUAGCUACUAUUCUCUCAUAUAUUUUAUUGAUAAGGAAAUUGAAGCAAAGAAAGGCUAAAUAAUAGCUAAGUGACAGAGCUGAAAGUAAAUUUUAAGCCCCAAUUAAACUGAAUCCAAAAGUCAAGCUUUUUCUAUUAAAUAGCCUGCUCUUUCAUUAAUGUGGUGAGUAAUAAGCGCUAACAAAGGUUGUACUUUCUUCACAAGAAAAUUAAGUAUUUGUUUUGAAGACAGAGAAAUAACACGCUAAUUAAUGCUUACAGUUACCUGUUUUAAAAAGUCCUGUCACUCUCACAGGACUGCCCUACCUUUGGCCUGUGCCACUGGCCAACUGGAAGUCAUAUCUCUCCUGGUGUCCAGAAGAUGUGAGCUUAACCUCUACGACCGUGAAUGCAGGACACCCCUCGUCAAGGCUGUACAACUGAGGCAGGAGGCUUGUGCAACUAUUCUGCUGAAAAAUGGUGCCGAUCCAAAUAUUAUGGAUUUCUAUGGAAGGACUGCUCUACACUAUGCUGUGUAUAAUGAAGAUACAUCCAGGAUAGAAAAAAUUCUUUUACAUGAUACAGAUAUUGAAGAAUGCAGCAAGAGGACACAGUGGGCAGCAGUUCCUAAAUGCACUGGACCAUGGAACCAAACUUGCAAAAGGCAGCUUCUGGAAUGCAAGUCCACACCCGAAAACUGGGAAGCAUUGGCCUGAAGCCAGCCUGUGCCUGGAAAUGUGAGUUUGGUGAAUAUCCUUAGGUCAUUACUUCUGCAAGUUUUGCUCAAAGGAAACAAAUCUUAACUCUCCACUGUUUUACCUUUAAAAACAAAACAAAUUAUUUUUACCCCAAGAUAUGGCACUUUAGUAUGAUGAAUAUUUUGGAGACAAGCAGAUGCUGGAUGAAGCUUUUCACCUCUCUGCCUAAAGACUGGAUCCACCAGAGACAGCAAUUGCUUUCCAUUCAUUCCCUGAAAUCCCAUACCUGGUUAGACCUUUUCACAAGAUAAUGUCUGUCUCUCAGGCUCAUUCAAAUUCCAAAGAGAAUCAUUUACAACUUAGUUUUUGUCCCCCAGGUCCAUUCAUUCUCCCUAAUACUCAUUCAUUGCCCCUAAAAAGAAUUACCUGCAUUCCCCACCUCCUCCCUCUCUUAUGAAGAAAGUUAGAUAAGUGUCUAGACCCCACUGCGUUAUUGAGUAGUUCUUCUGCAAU